CAACACAAUUCAGCCAAGAAACUGAUAGGAAGUCUAGGGAUUCUUCAAGAUGCGGUUGAGGUAGCGGUGCACGGUGCAUCAGCGACUGAAACCGAGGCACUUCCUGAAAGGGAAACCCAGCUAACCUUGACAUGAUGACGACAAGACCUACAAAUAGGGCUGAGGAUGCACGGCCUAAGCAAGCAAAGCUCCUCGGUUACCUGUCCUCCCAACUGUUUCCCACUACUUCAUUCUCGGCCUCACUCACCUCUCCCCAUUCACUCCCUCCCUCGUCGGCUAUUGGCACUGCAACCCACCAGCGAGAUUCACCUGAAAGUUUUCUUUGACAGAUCCUACACGUGUAAGAAGCUUUCUUUGGGCACAUCACACGCCAAACCAAAAAAGAAUAGAAAAAGUUCACCAUGGCAUCAAACCAGCCCGCCGACGCGUCCGGGCCCCUGCCCGCCAUGCAGGAGCUCUCGCCGACGACAUUCCUGUACAACCCGCCCUCGGCGGUGCUGGACCCGAACUCGCCCAAACUCAUCGCUAUCUUCAGCUGGAUGUCGGCCCAGGACAACCACAUUGCAAAGUACACGUCGCGCUACAUGGCCCUUUACCCCUCCGCCAGCAUCCUCCUCGUCAAGUGCCCCUUCAUUCACACCCUCUCCGCCCGCAUCUCCAAGCGCGAGAUCAAGCCGGCCGUUCCGGUUAUCCGGGCCCUGGCCGACUCCACCCCGCCCUCCGAGGCCCGGCCCCAGCUGCUGCUCCACGUCUUCUCCAACGGCGGCGCCACCAACUUUGCAAAGUUCCUCGACAUGUACGCCGACGCCGACCGCGCCGGCCGCCUGGCGCUGCCCCCGCACGUCACGCUCUACCGCGCCCUCUCGGCGUCGAUGCCGAGGGUCCUCGCGCCCCUAGCGCACGUCUUCAUCGGCUUGUUCUGGUUGCUCCACGUUCCCUUCGGGCGGCGCGGCUUCUUUGGCAAGAUGUGGGCCACUCUGAGGCAGAAGGCGCUGCUGGCGAGCGAGAAGCGGCGGGCCUACCUGUACAGCAAAGAGGACCGGAUGAUCCACUGGACCGACGUUGAAAAACACGCCGAGGAGUCUAGGCAGGUUGGCUUCAAGGUCAGGACGGAGAGGUUUGAGGGGAGCCAGCACGUCGCGCACUCAAAGCUGAACCCGCCGAGGUACUGGGGGUUGGUCAAGGAGGUGUGGGGCGAGGACCUGAAGAAGGCCGAGCCACUGCUAAAGCAUGAUGAGGCCGCCUCGGAGCCAUCAAAGACGGCGCCGGAGCCCGAAGCGCCAAGGUUUACCCCGGAACUGGCAAAGACCACAAUAGAAUCUGAACCGCCAAACUUCACUCCCGAACAGCCAAUUAGCACGGUGGAAGCUAGAGCGCCAGAGGCGGCUCCGGCACCGGCACUUGCUCCGACAAUGCCCGCUCCGGUGCCUGUCAAGCCUGCGCCGCAACCCGAAGCCGCAAAGGCUGCUCCGCCGCCGCCAGAGGUGAAGCCGCCCAGGCCGAAGAAGGCCCCGACGCCGCCCCCGACAAUUCAAUGACGGCUUUCAGUGAUUCUCUCUGAGAUAGUUCCGUGAGUUUGUAGAUACUUGUAGGAUAGACUGGUAAUUCUUUAGGUAUACACUCUAGACCUUGCGUCGCUAUUUUUAUACUUCCCUGUCUUUAUUCGCGAAAUGAUGUAAAGUGCGUUUGCAGGCUUCAUGCAAAUUUGUGUUCAUGGUGUCUUCGCUGCGAGAUGUUAAAGGGAGCGUAGAACUGGCUAAUGAGAGGCCGAGAACGCCAGCCAAAAGCUAAGCCACGUACCUGCCUGCCCCCUGUUGGCCUCUUUUCACUGGCUAAUAUGCAUGC